AUGUCGACAUCCACGCUGGAUAGAAUCGUGAAGGGGGCACCACCCCCAGACGUGUCUCUCGAUCAAGUCGCACAAUCCGCCCGUCGCUCGAGCACCACCACUCUUUCGCACUCGCAUUCUCGCUCACGUGGAGACUCCAUCACCGCUCCUCACCCACCCGCUACCUCCCAAUCUGACCCCCUGAACAAUCUCCCCUCGUCGCCUGAGCAAAUCAAGCUCAAUCUCCUCAUCCUCGAAUCUUCUCUCCGCGCCCAGUACCUCUGUCUCCAUGCUCGCUUACGUCUCUACCUUGUCUUGAUGACCGCUCUCGGUCUCUGGAUCUCAACCUUUACAUAUCUCCUCUUUCUACGCCCGCGCGAAGAUGGCAAGGGUACUGGUGGCUCCCCUUACUGGGUCGUCGACAUUGCUGAACGCUUAGGCUGGGUUGGAGGUCUUGUGACUGCUGGUCUCGUCUGGGGGACCGGAAUGUGGGAUCGUGGCAUUCGCUGGCCCAGAAGGUGGGUGAAUAUUACAAACAGAGGGCUACGAGGCUUCAAUCUCAAACUUGUUGUCAUUCGGGGUCCAUGGUGGAAAGAAGCCCUUGGCUAUCUUUUCUUCCUGGAUCCUUGGGGCUGGUGGGGUCACGUCAAAGGCAUGCGAUUUGAAUUCAUGCCAAAAGAUAUUGAGAAAUCUACGCUUGAUAACAAGGACAAGGUUGGUUUGUGGGAGACUGGUGGCCGCCAUGGUUGGAUUGAAGAAGAUGUUGCCCCUGGAGGAGAUGUUAUCAAGCUCCUCUUGCUGCCAAAGCCGUUUUCACCAGACUUCCGAGAGGACUGGGACACCUACAGGCACAAUUACUGGGAGAAAGAGAAUGAAAGACGCUCUCAAUUACGAGCAAUCAUCAAGACAAGAAAGAGGCAGUUGGCAAAACAGGAAGGUGGUUGGCUAUGGUGG